AUGGGGGGUACUCACCAUGAACCUCUCGGGGCCAUGGGUCCUGUCGAAUGGGAACAGGUGCCCCAGGAUGAUCUCAACGAAUUUCUCGCCGAUAUCUUUUCCGAGACACAGACCGUCGUAGAAUCUAUUCCAGGCCCAGCACCAAAGGAAACCUCAACCACCGGAGGGCGCGCACGUUCAAAGACGGAAUCGGCGGCUUCAGCUCCAGAGAUCAAGCGAGCUCUGACAUUACGACAGACGGCCGAGGCUAUCAGCCAGGCGCAAAAUCUACAAAAGGAGUGGAAGGAGAUCAAAGUCAAUGCCAAAGAUAAUCCUCUCGGAAUCAACGUUUACAAGCUUGGUGCCAAAGAUGGACGCGGCGCAUGGUUCGCUCGAAGAAGUGUCCAUGAGGGACUCUCGUUUGAUGACUGGAAGAAGGGCCUUUCAGUAGAAUUUUCGGAGACGAUGAAGGUUCAAGGCGCUCCUGGUAGUGGCAACAUUCGUGGUAUUGGUGCCGACAAGCGGGUUGAGGAGAAGACCAUCGGUGAUCAUGGCCACCUGCAAGUCUUUCAACUAUCUGCCCAAUUCCCUGGCCCGACCGCCCCACGAGACUUUGUAACCCUACUCUUGACUUCCGAGACCUCCGUGAGCCCUGGUCAGGGUUCCCGCCCUCUUCGCCAGUAUAUGAUAGUAUCAAAACCGUGCGAGCACCCAGAAUGCCCCCCUCGUCAAGGUAUCAUCCGUGGUUACUACGAAUCAGUUGAGGUUAUUCGUGAAGUUCCUGUCGACAACUUUGCAUCCAGGAGAUCUCUGUCGUCGGCUGAUUUACUUGAACAAGACAAGAACAAGAUAUCAAACCAAAAGCCCGGUACCGAGGGACACGGUCCGAAACCUCUUAACGAAUCUGCUACUGCUGUUGAAUGGCUCAUGGUCACUCGAAGUGAUCCUGGCGGCAGCGUUCCGCGCUUCCUUAUCGAGAAGGGAACGCCACCAGGAAUUGUCGGUGACGCUGGCAAGUUCCUUAAGUGGGUAACUUCGAAAGCAGCUCACGGGUUUGAAGAGCCUGAAGAGACUUCUGCAACUCCGGAGACAGCUGAGAGUACUGAAGCAUCUGCGUCAGAAAAGCGGCAGCCUUCGACUACACCAGCCACUACAACUAACAUCGAAGCAAACAAAGUCGAGACUAUCACUUUGCAGAACCAAGACGACCCCUUCCCUGGCAGCAAUGGUCUUUAUGGAGUUCUAGCUGGUGCCAUAGGUGCUGCCAGCUCUUAUAUUCCUACAGGGCUACUGAGGACGUGGGGAACUGGGUCGGACUUGACGUCCUCGGAUACUAACGGAUCGGACAUUCAUGCCAUUACUGAAGAGCACCAUGAGGUCGAUAGCGAUACAUCUUCCAUCCGAAGCUUUGCGUCUGCGUUGGAGAGGAGUGUGACCGCUGAGGGCAAGGCAAACGGAAGCUUAGUUGAGUCGCACUCCGAAACUUCACACACCAACCCACAACAGUCGCUGGCCGAUAAAGAGCUUAAGAAGCUUGAGCACAAGAAGAAGAAGCUCGAUGAGAAGCUGGCCCGGCUUGAGGAGCGUCGGCAAAGCAAGCUUGUGGGCGAUAAGGAGAAGGAUGCUGCUACGCUGGCCAAGCUCCGUGAGAAGCAUGAAAAGGAGGUAGCCAAGCAGGAGGAAAAGUAUAAACGCGAAAUGCGCAAGCUCGAGGAGAAACGUGAACGAGACCAACGCAAGGCUGAAGAGCGACGACGCAAAGCGGCUGAGCAGGAGGAAAAGAACAACCUGUCUCUUGAGCUUGAGCGCGUGCGCGCAGAGAGAGACGUUGCUCAUCGUCAGAUUGAGCUCCUUGAGGGCCAGGUUGGAGAGUUGCAGGCUCAAAACACAAUGCUUGUUCGCAAGUUGGGUAAGAAUGGUUUGCUGGACAGUGUUGAUUCUCCAUCGCCAUCUAUCAAAAGCCUACAACGAGCCAGUACGGAAGCUUGA